AACUUAACCUCUUAACACUUUCGUUAGGAAGCAUGUGUAAUAACAUCGUUCAUAUAAAAUCCGAUGUACUAGCACUUCGUUUUUAAGUUUAUUAGUGACUUUUAUUUAUAUUAAUUUAAGUUGAUUAAAUUUUAUUUUCAAUUUAUUAUUAGAAGCUGAUUUGAAGAGUAUACAGUAAGAAGACUGCAAAUAUUUCAUGGUAUAUUAAAUAGUAUUGAAUAUGGCGCAGUAUCAACUAUAUUCGUCCUCUAAAGAAUCAGCGGCCGUGGAACGUUGUCCAAUAGACUGUGUAAUUCCUGGAUAUUGUCCCGAAGAACCAAUACCGUCAUACAAUCAAAACAAUGCUAUUCCGUUUAAAAUUGACUAUUCAUAUUUCAUUAACGAAAUGUCAUCUAAACGCGAGCCGUCUAAACUUCGAGAAAUUACGAGAUUGUUAGAAAAACUACCACCAGAUUGCAUAAAAUUCGGUGUAGGAGUACCGAACGUAUUAACAUUUCCGUUCAAGAAGAUAAGCGUGGAACUAAUUACCGGCGAGAAUAUUAAUCUUGAAGGUGAAGAACUAUCUGAUGCCUUGCAAUAUCUGCCUUCGGUUGGAUAUCGACCUUUAAUAAAGAUAUUAGAAGAAAUACAAGAAAGUUAUCAUGGACCACAAAACUGGAAUGAAAGAUCUAUUAUAAUGACAUCUGGCGCACAAGAAGGACUGUCCAAGGUCGUGGACAUGUGCAUGCGAUGCAACGACCCAGUAAUUAUGCCUGAUCCGGUUUACACAGGAGCCGUUGACUUGUUCAAACCAUAUAAUGCUGAUAUCAUACCGAUAGUACAAGAUUCUUGUGGUGUAAUCGUGGAAGAAAUCGAAAAAGUUUUAGCUGAAAGAAAAAGAAAAAUGAUGCCGAUACCUAAAAUGAUUUAUUUGAACCCAACUGCAUCAAACCCUGCCGGAACUACAAUGCCCACACAUAGAAAACGCGCAAUUUAUAAAUUAGCUUGUGAAUACAAUAUGCUUAUUCUUGAAGAUGAUCCAUAUUACUACUUACUUUUCAAAAAGGAAAAUCCAGUUAGUUUUUUGUCCAUGGACACAGAAGGUCGUGUGCUUCGAUUCGAUUCUUUUUCAAAAAUCAUGAGCUCUGGUUUACGCGUAGGCUUCGUAACCGGACCCAUAACAUUAGUACGUAGAAUAGAGCUUCAUAUGCAAACAUCAUCAAUGCACACAUCAUCAUUAUCGCAAGUACUUUUAUACAAACUUCUAUCACAUUGGGGUAAAGAUGGUUUGAUUUCUCAUUUUAUGCAUGUCCAAAACUUUUACAAACAAAAGUUGGAUCACAUGAUGUCUGCAAUUAAAAAAAAUCUUAACGGAUUAGCUGAAUGGUACGAGCCAAAUGGUGGCAUGUUUCUUUGGUUGAAAAUAAUUGGAUUGAACGAUGCCAAACAAUUAGUCGCUACUAGAUGUUUGGAUAAAUUAAUAAUUUUAGCUCCUGGGUAUGCGUUAUCAGCCAAUACCGAAAAACCAAGUCCCUACAUUCGAAUUUCGUAUUCCAUUGCUUCACCAGAAGAAGUCGAUCGAGGAAUUUCACUACUUGCAGAAGCCAUACGAGAAGAAUUAUCGAAGUAAUUCUUGUUUAUAAAAUCAAACAUCAUAAAUGAUACUUAUCAGUUAUUAAUUAUCAUUAAAGUUUGUAUGGAUUUACAUAUCUAUAUUUUUUUUAUUGAAAAAUAUUUUAAGUCAUCAUAUUUUUAG